AUGUCGGACCCUACAUACACAUUGUACAGCUACUUCCGCUCUUCCUGCUCAGCUCGGCUUCGGAUUGUUCUGAACCUCAAGGACAUCGAUUAUGAACUACAGGCCGUGAACCUCCUCAAAGGGGAUCACUUGGCGAGCGACUACAAAGCCCGCAAUCCAACCGCUACAGUGCCGCUGCUGGUGCGCACCUCUGGCAAUGGAAAUGUCUUCUCGGUUGGCCAAUCAGUAGCUGCUAUUGAGUACCUGGAGGAAACACACCCCGACAGCUACCACAUCUUGCCACCAACGUCCAAUCCGGAGGCGAGAGCAGUUACACGUGCCCUGGCCGCAAUCAUCGCCUGCGACCUGCAGCCCGUCACAAACAUGAAGAUAAUGAAGCGUAUCCGAGCAAUCGGGGGGAAUGCAGAGCAGUGGAACAAGGAGAUCAUGACGGAGGUGCUCGAAGCCUAUGAGGUGGCCGUCAAAGACUGGGCCGGCGAGUACUCGGUUGGAGAUGCCGUUACCCUGGCUGAUGUAUGUCUACUGCCGGCCGUGUGGAAUGCUCGGAGAUACGGCGUUGAUCUGGAUGCGUUUCCUAUUGUUACGAGGAUUAGCGAGAACUUGAGCAAGCAUCCAGCGGUUGUCAAGGCGCAUUGGCAGAACCAGCCCGAUACCCCGGAGGACCUGCGAGCGAAAUGA